AGCUGGAGCCGCUCGCGCUUUACUUUCAACCCCAGAUUUGUUUCCCCAUACUCCACUCUACACCUCGACCCCCGAUCGAAGAUCGAUGAUGGACUCCACAAAGACACGGCCAAAAUUGGAUGAGCUGCCAAAAGAAAUUCUAAUUCAAAUUUUGGGACAUCUUCCAACACAAAGAGACCUAUGCGCCACCUGCCUAGUCAACCGUCGUCUGAACUCGGUUGCCGAUCCGGUUCUGUACAAAUCCAUCCAAUUUAAUCAGCCCAAGCAUCACUUCACUUUUUCCGAGUCUCUUACGAAGCGGCCCCGACGCGGUUCUCUCAUUCAAGAUGUGAGACUCGAAUAUCCGAGUUCUGAGUUGUCCGACUUCAUCUUUCUCAAAGAAAGUCGCAUUGAUGGCUUUUCUCAUACUAUCUCGACAAUGUCAAACCUGGAAACACUCGAGAUUUCGGUUCCAGAAUCACUUUGUCAUGGUAUUGGGACUUUGUUUAAUGGUCCUUUUGAUCUGGCAUGCUUGAAAACUUGUGAGUAACAAAUACUGUGAUCGUUUUUGAAAAUCAUGCCACUUUGAUCUCGAAACUCAUAUUGACAUGCAUUUAGGCUCUCUCUUUUAUCAAUGCGAUGAUGGUGGCUAUUGGGAUCUUAAAGAGAAUAUCCAUAUCUUUGGUCAUCCUACACUUGAGAAUCUCACCAUCACUAGAGCAAAACUCGAUGAGAAAGGAUUUGAAAGCGUUGAACAGCCCUCAGAAACCGCAUUGACAAAAUUGCAACUCAUUGAAUGCGAUAUCAACGACGAAGCCCUUUCUGAACUGCUUCUGUUCCCAGACGCAUUGAAGGAAAUUACCAUCACCCAUCUCAAAAAUCCUUCGCCGCCGCUUGAGGAAAGUGCUGACGCUACGAUGCACGACUAUUUUCUUGCCUUGACUUCAGCUCAACACACCUUGGAAUACAUCUCAAUCGAUUUCCCAUCUCUGGGUGGAAAUAAGGCUUUGAGAUUGCGUGGCUUUGAGGAGCUCAAAACUCUUCAUCUUCGAGAUUACCAACUUUUCGGACAAUCUUCCAUCUCACCUCGACUACAUUCCGUUGCCUUGCCGCCGAAUCUCGAGACGCUCAAGUUCUGGAAUCCGAUUGGUGAGGAUGAGGAGGUUGCCGAGCUUCUGUGCUAUGAAAUUGAGAAUAUCGGGAUUAUGGGUCGAAAAAUGCGAUGGCUUAUUAUUGAAGGAGAGGGAGUGGUGCCGCCAAAGAUUCAUGAGGCUUGCAAUGCUUCUGAGAAGCAUUUCAAACUAGAACUCCAGUGAAGCGGUACAAUAAUGGAUGAAGCUGGUCACAGGUUGAAAAGCUUCGUCUACAUACGACUUGCUGAGUGCGGCGGUGUUAGGGACAGCACAUUUUCGGGCAAGUGAAAGACCAACCUGGAUACUCAGGUACACUUGGUAUACAGGUAUUGUUCUUAUUUAUCUCUUGGUAUAUUAAUCGCUAAUCACGUUGUGUAGCUGGUUUCAUACACGAUAGAUAGAGCGUAAACCGUCAUUUUCAUAGAUUAUAAAUUGGGAUAGGGUAGAGAGCAGAGAAAAGUCCUUUUUUCGCCAGAGGUAGACAGUGUUUUGAUAUUGGGAUUCUUUAGAAUGAUACAAAUGCGCGUAGUAGAUAGAUACCCCCUGUUUCUUUAGAAAAGAUCAAGAAUGCAUGGAUUCGAGAC